AUGGCUCGAAUAAACAGCGGCGAGAGGCCCAAGGUUCGCUGGGACGCGGAUGAAAGCUACGACCGUAACAAGCGGCUUCAAUGGCGGCCGUUGGUCUUCCUGGCCGCCGCCGUCGCGCUAGGCAUUGCACUCAAAGAUGGCCUUCGCCGACCCGACUUGUUCUUACUCUCUUUGGUCCCCUCCUCCCUCCUGUCGUUGGAUCACCGCGUCACUAGGAUUAUGGCCGUAACGCCUCUAAUGGACGGACACGAUGAUUUAGCAUGGAGUGUACGCUCUCACUUCCACAAUCACAUAUACGACCCAGACUUCUCGUCCAAAUUCGGGGAUGGCGGGAUGCCGGACCAUUCGGAUCUGCCCCGGCUGAAGAAGGGCAAGCAGGGCGGAUUCUUUUGGAGCUGCUUCGUUGAAUGUCCGGCCAACAAUUUCGACUUUUCCAACACAAACUACGCUCCUACUGUCAUCGAUGCGCUAGCGCAAAUGGACCUCAUACAUCGCUUGCAGGCCGCCCACACAGACAUAUUCUCUCCUGCCACCCUUGACAGUAGUGCAGCCCUCACAGCAUUCAGACGCCAUGGGAAGUUGCUCUCCCCAAUUGGGCUUGAAGGGCUCCAUAUGAUUGGUAGGCAUGCCUCGAUGCUCCGCCUUUUCCACAGACUCGGUACAAAAUAUGCUACGUUGACGUGGAAUUGCCAUAAUGCUUUUGCAGACGCGGCGCAGGUUACGGUUGUUGAUGACUCGCUUGAUCUGAGCGCUGCUAGACCUGCAAACCCAUACUGGGAUGGGCUGAGUACUCUAGGUACCAAGAUCAUCCGUGAGAUGAAUCGUCUCGGCAUGAUUGUUGACCUGUCCCACACCCAUCCGGCGACAAUGCACGACGUCCUGGCGGGUAACAAGACUAAAUCGUUUCCUGGGAGCCAAGCGCCGGUCAUCUUCUCUCACUCGUCAGCAUACGCACUGUGUCCUCACCCACGCAAUGUGCCCGACCAUAUCCUUCCACUGGUCAAGCAGACCGGUUCUGUUGUCAUGGUGACUUUUGUUCCAGAAUUCAUCUCCUGUGUCAAUUCGACUAUUCCUGGUGGCUUACCGACGUUCUAUCCCGCCAACUCGACGCUUGAACACGUUGCCGAGCAUAUAAUGUACGUCGGCAAUAAGAUUGGCUUUGAGCAUGUUGGGAUAGGGAGCGACUUUGAUGGGACCAAGAGCACGCCAAGAGGGCUCGAGGAUGUGAGCAAGUUUCCCGAUCUACUGAAGGAGCUUUUGAGACGAGGAUUGAGCGAUGAGCAAGUUGGGGCGAUUACAGGAGGGAAUCUCUUGCGCGUGUGGAAGAGGGUGGAGGAGGUGGGAAGGGAGAUGCAGGGCGAGGGGGUAAUGCCACUGGAAGACGACAUUUGA